CACAUGACGGUGAGCGGCGGAGCCCAAAUUGCAGCCGAAGUUUCCGCUCCGCGGGGCGCGGGCGCGGCCGGGGCCAGCUCGAUGGCUCUCCCAAGAAGGAAGCUUCAAGGUCUCGUUGCUGCGACUAUCACUCCAAUGACUGAGAAUGGAGAAAUCAAUAUCUCCGUGAUUGGUCAAUAUGUCGAUUAUCUGGUAAAGGAACAGGGUGUGAAGAACAUUUUUGUGAACGGCACCACGGGAGAAGGUCUAUCGCUGACCAUUCAGGAGCGGCAGCAGCUUGCGGAGGAGUGGGUGACUCAAGGGAAAAAUAAGUUGGACCAGAUCAUCAUUCACGUAGGAGCAUUAUGCCUGAAAGAGUCACAAGAGCUGGCUCAACAUGCAGCAGCAAUAGGAGCUGACGGCAUUGCUGUAAUAGCUCCUUUCUUUCUCAAACCUUCUAACAAAGAUGCCCUGAUUGCUUUCUUGAAGGAAGUGGCUGCUGCUGCCCCAACUGUGCCAUUUUACUACUACCACAUUCCUCCUCUGACAGGGAUUAAAAUCUGUGCUGAGGAACUGCUGAAUGGGAUUCAGGCCCAGAUCCCCACCUUCCAGGGCCUCAAGUUCAGCGACACUAAUCUCUUGGACUUCGGACAGUGUGUGGACCAAAAUGGCUCCCGACAAUUUGAUCUCCUCUUUGGGGUGGAUGAGCAACUGCUGAGUGCUCUGAUAAUGGGGGCAACUGGGGCAGUGGGCAGCACCUACAACUACCUGGGCAAGAGGACAAACCAGAUGUUGGAAGCUUUUGAGCGUCAGGAUCUUCCUCUAGCCUUGAAGUAUCAGUUUAAUAUCCAGAGAUUUAUCAACUUUGUAGUCAAACUAGGUUUUGGGAUCGCACAGACCAAAGCGAUCAUGACUCUGGUUUCCGGCAUUCCAAUGGGACCCCCACGUCUCCCCCUGCAGAGCGCCUCCCAGGAGUUUACCGACAAAGCCGAAGAGAAGCUCAAGAGCCUGGAGAGCUCUUUCCUCUUCUGACCAGUCCCGGCAGGGACAUGGAAGCCUGAAGCCAGAACUCCUGACUCACUCCUGGGCCAGGACUCAAAUCACCCUGUUGCAUUUCUCAGGAACUUUUCUAUGAGGCUGGACUCAACCCUGUCUUAGCAACAUGAGUCCUGCAAGCGGUCACUUUUUUCCUGAGUGAGGGAUGGUGCAAUUCUCCUAUGCCACUUGUUUGCCCUUCACCCCAAGACUCCUUGGGGAGUUCCCCUCUCUAGCAGGCAAGGCUCUGACUGCCUGAAGGGCCAAGUGGAGAAGUGAUUUCUUCCAUCUGCCUCAGGAGCAAUCUACGCAUAUCUAAAUAGGAGGAAUUUUCCCUCACUGGUCUUCCUUUCUUUAAUCCUGUUCCCCAUUUCUGGAGUCUUCCAGGCAGAAAUGGCUCUCAGCUAAAUAGUGCCUUAGGUUAUACUUCCUUCUGCUCAGCUUCCGUGGUAGCUGCUAUACAUGACUGCUGUGGUUGGCGUGAAGUCGGGGGGCUGAGUUUUAAUUAAGCUUUUUCAGGGGAGAGAUCGUGUCUUCCAAUUCCACUGUGCUGUCCCAAAUGUUCAGUUUUAGGUGCAGAGCACAUAGUAGGUGCCUAAAUUGACUAAGCGGUAGAGUUCACAGGGGAAAAGAAAUCCCCAGCAGCCUGUUGUUGGAGAGGGGGAGAAACCCUGGGAUCUGAAGCUCAGGGGGGUCAGUGGGGCUGGAGGAUGGGCAGAUGCAGAGACCAAAGGGUCUCUCUCUCUCUCUCUCUUACACACACACACACAUGUACCACUCCUCCCCCCACCGCCCCCCAGCCUGAAUCUCCCCUGGCUGUUCCCUCCUGCCCCAGGCUCCAUCUUGGCAGUCACCUAGGUCUCCUGCCCUAAAUCCAGCCUUCUGGCCAUUUGCUGGGAGCAUCUGCUUGCUUUCCCUAAAUUGAAGUUACCUCUAGCUAAAUUUCCAAAUUCCCACCUUUCUUAGGUCUUUUCUUUAGAAUAAGAUGUUGACUCCCUCUCAGCCAACUUUUUCACAGCUGUUUUUAUGACUUCCAUUUCUCCAAACCUUCACUCCAUGCCUCAGCCUUCUGUAAACACUUCAGUGAGUGUUUUCUAGAAAGCCAAGGACUAGUCAAUCCCCAAUUGUGUAGGUCUGAUAAUCCACUUGGGUCUCUUUUUUCCUCCUCCUCCUUUUCCUCCCUCCUCCUUAUCCUUUCCACACUUUGUUGCUCAUUAGCACCUCCACCAGAGGGUAGUUAAUAAAAUGAGAUGAGAUUAAACCA